GGGGUGGGGGAGUUUGGGGGGGGGGGGGGGGGGUCUGUUGGCAGGUAGAGAGACCCCGAGAGAGAGAGAGAGAGAGAGAGAGAGAGAGAGAGAGAGAGAGAGAGAGAGAGACUCUCACCUGGGUCUUUGUUUAGCAGAGAUGCGAAAAUGCCCAUUUCAGACCCAAAACUCUGAUUUUGCAGAGACAGUCCAGUAGAGGAGGAGCCGUCCGUGUCUCCGUCAGAGGAGGUCUGGUUUUCUCCCCCCAGCUGCGGUGAGGGAAACAAAUCAGGGACUGUUUUUCUUCUUCUCCCCAUACGAAGGAUCUGAAAAGCCAAAACCCGGACCGCAUAUCCACAGAUCAGACUUUAACGCCGUGGAUUUCUCUCUGGAGGUAUACCCGGACUUCUCUGUGUGCAGCCUGCAAAACACCCGGACAGACAAACACGGUGACAGGAUCCGCUCGAACCAACGUCUGGGUUUGGAUGACAGACGGACAGGGACAUGUUGUUUUUCUGUGGAGGACAGAGUCUGAUUCACAUGAUCCAAUUUUGACUUCAAUUUCAGGGAAAAAGAAGCAGAUUCAGCUCACGCAGAUUCAUAGGAUAUGUCUCAUGCCCUGUUAUCGGGAGCUUUACCCAGCUUUAGACUUUUUAACUUUGAGUGCAGUUAUUCAUCAGAAAACAUGUAAGACAGGCCUGCAUGUGUUUGACCAAAAUACAGUUUUAUUAUCUUUAUAAUAGUAAUCUUGUCUUUGAUUUGACUGAAUCUUCGUUGUUUCAAUAUACAGGAGAAAUAUAACAAUGCUGGGUGUCUAUUUUUACCGGUGAGAACAAAAGAAGGAAAGCUAACAGGGCUGCUGGAUCAAAGAAACAAUCAUUAUUAGGGUUAAAUUGGUUAGUUUCUAACGCAAGAUUAUUUGGAAGGAUUACUCUACAUUUAUUAAAUUUAAACACUUCUUUAAAACUUAAAUAUUCUGAACAAAAUAAAAUGAACAGAAAUAGAUAACAGAAAUGUAACCUUUUUACCUUUAUUGUGAACCAAAACCUACAUGUCUGUCCAACCAUAUAAGUAUUUCUAUAAACAAACAUAUGCAAUUAUAACUCUCUCCUCCUGCUCCUCUCUCUGUUCUCCUCUCUUUUCCAGCUCCUCUUUCUACUCUCCUCUUUCCACCUGUAGAUACUGAUAAUUUGUACCACUGCACAUAGUGUCCCUAACAACAUAUUUUCCAACAUCUUUGAGCUCCUAAACUUUCUGGACAACAACACCUAAGAAAUGCAUCCACUUUUUAACAUCACAAUAUGACCAGACAUAUAACAGUGAUGUAAUUUUGAAUAGCUAUAAAAGUGAAAGCAUUUUGGAAAUCAUAUAAUUCUGCAAAUUUGUCACCAUAAAUUUGACUAUUUUGAGUUCAUGGCAUUAAAAAUACAUUUUCACUUGGAUUAAUGAGCAUAAAAACAAACCAGUGUGUCUGAUUAAUUGAGGAAAAAAAAUAUGGGCUAAGUUUGAAUUGAUAUGAUGCAGCUGAGUUAUCUGAACACAUGCAUCUUUUAUGAAAGGCUCCUGCAGCAGUCACUGACCUCUACAUCCUGAGAGCUGAGCGUCAAUUGGAAAGGUCAGGGGAGUUUUUAUCACACAGGAGGUGCAAAGAUAGCAGCAGCUUACUCUAUGUAAAGGUUCAGGGUUUAUGAUAUAUGUUAUAUGUGUGUUUCUGAUCAUAAAUCAAGGUUUGGUUAUGUCCUCACCGUUGAAUGAGUAUGGACUUUGUCUCCUCCAUUGAAACUGUGAAUAUUGAGAAAGAAAAGCAGAGAUGGAUGAUGAGGACCUCCAGCAGCAAUAUCUGAACCCUUUAGACUUGCUCAGACUGACUCUGAUCUGAAUGGAUGUGAGUGAGGGAGCUGCUGGCUUGAGUUUAUUUUGUGCUCAGACAUUGAUGGAUCCGUCUGUAAGCACAGCCCUGUGGGGCAGCGGGGGCAACAACUACUCAGCUGACACCCCGGCACUGAGCUUUACUGACCAGCUGAGCACCGCCUCACCUGUCGUACCAAGGUAACCACCCACCUGUCUUUCCCUGUAUGCUUUCAGACUGAUGUCAAUAUGUGCAUAUGUGCAGCAGUAAAAGGUGUGUGCAACCAUCCAAAGCGAAUGUCAUUUUAUAACUCAGAUGUUGAGAUAGCUGGUGGCUUAGUGGUACCAGUUCUAAAGUACGGAAGCCACGAGCGGACAUUCAUCCAAAUAAUUGUUGUGCUGUAUUUGUAAAUUUAGAUUCUGUUUUAAUUAUGUUCAUUCUAACUGACACGGCAUGAUAAUUUCCUGGCACUCAGUACUUAAAAAAAGUCAAAUGGUUAAUGUGGCUUUGAUCUCAGUGACUUAAAGCAGGACGGCAUGUCUGACUGUCAGUGCACAGGGAGACAUGGGCCUGUCAGUCAUUUAUGUUUAAACAGUGUUUGUUAAGGGAGGGAAAGCAAUGCCUUUGUCCCAACAUGUCCACCACCCACAACAACAGAGCAUCAUCUUCUGAAAAAAUAGCUCUCACCCUGUGUUGGUGAACAGAACCAGCUUUGAUGGGGAGCCCGCUGACCUCUCAAAACCUAGGAACAAAAGAUGCAACAAAAACACUUGAAACCUUGUCAAGCACCUCAGUGAUGCACAUACAGACCCCUCCAAGGAGGGCGAAAGCUGACAAGCUAGCCUAUUAGUAGGAUAUUAAUGGCUGUAUACUUGAACUAUAUUUUAUACAUAAUGACAGCAUAUCACUCUGUCACUCAUGACAGAGUGAAUGACAGAGUGAUAUGUCCACAUGAUGGACAGUGGCCCAUCUCAUCUAACACGAGCCACUGUCACUCAUGUUAGAUAAGAUGGGUCAAAUCUCAUUUUAGGUUGGAUCUUGCUAAUUCAUCAAACAAUGAGCGUGAUCUAGACCUGCUUUUUUUCUUUGGAAAGCAUCUUGGGAUGAUGACUGUUGUGAAUUGGCACAAUAUAAAUAGAAUUUGAUUGAUUGAUAUCAGUAGUGUGUCAAUCAAUAAUCAGGGAACAACAACAGGACAGGUAAAGGUUGUAAACAAAAAAAAAUAAACAAAAUCUAUCUGAAUCAGAGUUGUUGUGUUGUGAAAACACUAAACUGCAUAUUUUAUUUUUCCCGUUUUCUUGUUUAUCUGCGAGAUUCUUUGAUUUGUUUUCAGGGUUGUUUCCAUAAUGACCAGUCUGGUGACAACCACCUCAGAGUCCACUGCAGGGACCAGAGGAAAUCUCUCGGCUUUCAGAGACCAGAUUGAGAACGAGCUCAGUCGCCUCCACCAGGCGUCUACUCCUUCAGUGCUGAGCGCUGCUGAGAGUAACUCCGUCCUGCGGGGCAUCACAGUGGCGGCCCAGGCCCUGGUCCUCCUCUCCAUCUUCCUCCUUUCCAGCCUGGGCAACUCAGCUGUGGUCAUCGUCAUCAUUAAACACAGACAACUCAGGACGGUGACAAACGCUUUCAUCAUGUCGCUGUCGCUGUCAGACUUUCUCACAGCCGUCCUGUGUCUGCCAUUCUCCUUCAUUAUGCUCUUCAGUAAGGACGGCAGCUGGAUGUUUGGGGAUCGGUUCUGCGUGGCUAACGGCUUCUUCAACACCUGCUUUGGGAUUAUCUCCACCCUCACUAUGACUCUGAUCUCCUUCGACAGAUACUACGCCAUUGUCAGACAGCCGCAGGCAAAAAUUGGACGCCAGAAAGCCACUCAGCUGCUGAUAGCUGUGUGGCUGACUGCAGUGAUUUUCUCUCUGCCUUGGUAUCUGCUGGUGCGAACGCCAACAGAGAUCCAUAAACAAGGGUUUUACCAUUGUAUGUACGUGUUCCACUCGGGGACGUCACGCAUGGGGAAAGCUUACAGCAUCUGUCUCAUUGUAGUGUGUUACUUACUGCCUUUCUCCCUCAUGUGUUUCUGUCAUUACAACAUCUGUAAGACAGUUCGGCUGACGGAGAUCCGGGUCAGACCAGUAACGACAUACGCAUACCUGCUGCGCUUUUACAGCGAAAUGCGAACAGCUACCACAGUCCUGAUUAUGAUUGUUUUUAUCAUCUUUUGUUGGGGGCCGUAUUGUUUGAUGGGGUUGAUCACAGCGAUGGGGAACUUCACCUUCAACCCUGCGAUGGACACUGUGGCUAUCUGGCUCGCCUGGGCUAAUGGAGCUAUUAACCCCCUGAUUUAUGCCCUGAGAAACCCCAAUAUAUCCAUGUUACUAGGGCGCAGCAGGGAGGAGGGAUACCGGACCAGGAACAUUGCGGCUUACCUCUCCAGCCAAACCCACAAUCGUGAGAUCCGACUGAACCAAGCGGAUAGGAUCAGGGACCGCUAUGUGAGUCGUGUCGGGGUGAAUAACAGCCGGCUGUCGAGUUCAAGUCCAGGGAAAGGAGGAGAGGUGGCGAUGUGGGCGUGUAAAAACCCUGCUGUAUUCUUCUGCAGGGAUGCCCAGCCAGACACGGCAACGCUGCCAAAUGCCGUCUGCACCCCAAAGAUGAAGACAGCCGACACCAGCCUGUGACAGUGUUUACCAUCCAAAGACUGGUUUCAUCUGAUUUGUGUGUGAUGUACUGAAUCUGAAGUGUGACAUUUUUAAAAACUGUGGCAGUAUUUACUACAGAUUACAGAUGCUGAAAUCUGUUCAUAAUGUUUGAAUUCAUCUCAUGGUUAUCUGAUAUUUUCUGGGAAUCAAAAUGAUCAUUUGUGUUGGGAUGCACAAUAAUAUUUGCAGAAAAUCAGCAAAACAGAUGACAGCUAAAAAAGUUUAUCAGACAUACCUGUGGCUGACAGAAGGACAAGUUAAUUCUGCACACAUAACAAAAGGAUAUGCAUGGCUGCAUAAAAGUAUUUGAAUGUAAAUAGACAGAAAUAAUUAUUUUCAAGGCUUUUAAGUGCAGAAACAAUCCUUAAACAAUUAAUCUAAGAACUGUCACUGUAAACAUCACUAGGGAUUUCUGUGAAAAAUGAUAGUGUUGCACCUGCAAAAACCAGACUACCUGCAGCAUUCUGGAUUUUAGUCAUUUAACAAAGAGAAGGAUUUAAGUGGAGACCACCCAAAGCCAAUGCAGCUCAACAUGAAAAUCACUGAAUUCUUGAUCUUGAUUAUCAGCCUUUCAGCGUGGUGGAAUAUUCUGGUUUCUGCAGCCUAAUGUUGAUAUCAAUUCAUAUUGCGCAUCUGCAGAAAUCUAAUAUUGUGCAUCCCUAAUCUGUGUUGUUGCUGAGGUGUUUGCGCUGUGUGGAAAGACUUAAGUUACAGCUGUAGGACCUUGUUUUAAACCCACACAGCUGUACUACCAAUAACUCUUCGAGGACGUAAUGGAGUCUUUGGACAACAACAAGCUGAAGGACCUUCUCCAUGAUGAAGUGUGAGGGUAGUAAACCCUGAAGAGUCUGCCUCACAGGUCUUUUUGUUGGAUCUCAUUUCAUUUGUAAAAGUAGCAUGUUGGCGUGGAAACUAAAGAAGCCUACUCUUGUUUUAUCCAGAACUUUUCAUGAUUAUGUUCUUUAAAUGUCACUUUCAGAUGUUCCCACUGACUCAUCAUUUGUUUAAGGUUUUAAGAGAGCAGUAUUCAGGAUUUAGAGCAUCUGACAAAGAAGUUACAGACCCAGUCAGACUGAAAACCAUUCACCCUUAUGAAGAAAGUGAGACACUUUUACAGUCCUAUCAGAAAUGAUGGAAGACAACAAAUGCUGAGGUCAGACUACGCAUUUACUUGUUAGGAGGUUUGGUGAUCGCAGACAGAUCCAUAAAUUAGCGCAGUGACUUAACACAGAGACAUGACAAACUACAUGGUGGUACCAAGUGGAGACCUGUGGUUGAGAAAAAAUGAAGCUGGUGCUGAUGUGCUAAAAACUGCGUUCCUCGAAUUUCCAGUUGAGGCUGUCUGCAGAAAUACUGGAAACCACACACACACAAAUUCAAAAGUCUAUUUUUCGUCUCUGGUCAAGAGAUCAUGAGGCGUCACAGAUGGGACAUUGUGAGUCAUUCCACUGUGACACACCACAUGAGGAAAAACCCUCACUGUUCAGGCUGACGGGUCCUGACACUCCACCUCUGCAGGAUCAGGAUCCAACUGUGUCUAAAACUUAUUGUCUGACCUCAGUAUAUGGUUUUGGUUCUACUGAGGAUAUACAGUUUAAACCAUAUCCACACAGCAGCUGAUACCCUGAGAUAUCAUGCUCAUAAGAGGAAGCUGAAAUGUGAUCAUGUUAGCUGCUCUGUUUGUGGAUGUAAGUCAUAUAUAAAUAGAGAUUUUAUUUUAUAUUUACUGCUUCCUAGUUGAUGAAGUACUACCAAGAAUAUACAUGUGAAAAUACAGACAUCAGGCCACAAUCCAGGUUUAAAUAAUAGGAUCAACAAACAACCAUCACAACCAGGCUGUCUCUGUAUCAGAUUGUCACCUCACAAAAAUUAUAGGAGUAUAUGGUUGUGAUACUUAUGGAAAAUAUAGAAAAAUUAUACCAUCAGUCAUCAGGUGCUGAUCAUGAGGAUUUGAUGAUCAUUUUUGGUCUGUUUGCCUGAAUGUCAUCUCAUCUAUUUUGUCAAGAAUAAAAGCAUCACAUUUGUAUCUUUAAUUCACACUUUCAGGACAUUUCUUUGAAGUCAAAGAUUGACGACCAUAACCAACAUCCCAAGAUAAUAAUGCAUUAUAACACCUAGCAGUAGUAAUGAAUGGUACAAUGAUAAAUUUACAGCAGGCUGAGUUUAAACUGGAUUGUGUGAGCUGUAAUACAGGUUGUGUCCUGCAGGGGAAGCUGUCGGCCAUUAAACCUUGACUCUUUAAGUAUUAAUGCUCUCUCUCUAUCUCUCUCUCUCUCUCUCUCUCUCUGGGGUGUUUAAAUGCUUGAGUAAGGGUAAGGCAGCUGCAGGUGUUGCAACUUUAUUUGUUAUGUUUCCAGCUCAUUAGGCCUAACAGGACAUUACCUGCACAGGUGAGCGUGGUUUAAGACAAUCUGUUAGUGUGACAGGUUCACUCAUUAGGAGUUUCACCUCAGAGCUGACAUCAGUUUAGCUCUGCAGACAAAAGAACAAACAGCCUGUGUGUGUGUGUGUGUGUGUGUGUGUGUGUGUGUGUGUGUGUGUGUGUGUGUGUGUGUGUGUGUGUGUGUGUGUGUGUGUGUGUGUGUGUGUGUGUGCGUGAGAGAGAGAGAGAGAGAGAGCUGGAAUGUCACCUGGCUUCAUAACACACAUACACACACACACAGGGAGCAGGUGUGACUCAUCAGGUAUUCGCAGCACUCAUGACGUUGGAUGAUGAUGCAACAAAAGACAAACUGUAAAUUACACCCAUACCGAUCUGACUGUGCCUUUUAUUC